AUUGUCCGCUUUUUCAUAAACUAAAGAGCAAGAAUCACCAAGCGGAUCAUGGGUUCAAACCCGAUUUAAGUACCCCAUCGCCUUCAGAAGUUAAACGACGACGACUUUCGGUCACAACGCAUCGGCAGCCUUGGAACCACCGCCGUCAGUCGAGCAGCUCGAAAUUCCGAUCGAUUCUCCGGCAAUGGAGAAGGAUGUCCUGGUUCAAUUAGGCAUCCUGAUUUUCACUCUCUGCAUCUUCUACGUCCUCCACAGCCUCCCCAAGAGGGCCUUCUCGAAGCUCCGAUCCCAAGCCCGGCCCAGCAACCAGGCUCACCGCCACUUCAUCCAGGGAGCCCAGUUCCUCUCCCGAGCCCGAUCCAUGAAAACCAAAUCCACCGUCUUCAACCUCGCGAAAUCCGCCGUCAACGAAGCCGACAAGGCGCUUGCCCUCGAGCCCCGAGACCCCGCCGCCCACAUUCUCAAGGCCAUGGCCCAGAGUCUAAUGGGUUACAAGACCUCAGCCCUCAAGUCGUUGGAUACGGCGCUUUCGCCUCCGGCGGUGAAGAUGCUGUCGGGCAGAGAAAAGGGGGACGCACCUGAUCGAAGCCGUCGGGCUGAGCUCGGAUAAUUCCAGGGCUUUUUGCUUGUUGGGCCAGUGCUAUGAGAUUAAGGGCCUGAGAGAAGAGGCGAAGAAGGCUUUUGAGGAUGCUCUGAGAAUUGAGCCCGAAUUGAAAGAGGCCCAAGACGGUUUGGGCCGAUUGGGCCCUUAAUUGGGCUUAAUAGUUUUCAAUUUCCUUUCUAUUUAGAGAUAUAUUUGUUUUCUUGGUAAACAAAUUUUAAGUUAUAUAUUAAUUUUUAUUUUAAA